AUGGCAUCUGUGGCUUCUCUAUUCUCCCUUAGCGGGCGCACCGCCCUUAUCACCGGCGGCACUCGGGGCAUUGGCCAGGCGAUGGCCUUCGCGUUGGCCGAGGCCGGCGCCGAUAUCAUUCUCGUCCAGCGCGACGAGUCCAACACCGCCACCAAAGACGAGAUUAUCAGUCGCCUGGGUCGCAAGGCUUGCAUCCAUGUCGCGGAACUGUCAGACCGCAAGUCGGUCAAGGAGAUCAUUCCUGCAGUGACGAGCCAAGGACUGAAGCCGGAUAUCCUCGUUACUUGCGCAGGUAUCCAGCGCAGACACCCCAGUCACCAAUUCCCUGAUGAGGACUGGGACGAGGUUCUGGAAGUCAACCUUUCCUCGGUGUUCGUGCUGUGCCGUGAGUUCGGCGCCUACCUGCUGUCUCGCGAUGAAUCCGAAUUCACGUCGGGCCGCCGGGGAUCGAUUAUCAAUGUGGCCUCGCUGCUCACUUUCCAGGGUGGCAUCACCGUCCCUGCCUAUGCUGCCUCGAAGGGAGGUAUCGGUCAACUGACCAAGGCCCUGUCCAACGAGUGGAUUUCCAAGGGCAUCAAUGUCAAUGCUAUUGCGCCCGGUUACAUUGACACCGAUAUGAACGUUGCCCUUAUUAAUGACGCCAACCGCAACACCGGUAUCAUGGCGCGUAUUCCGGCCGGUCGGUGGGGCAGGCCGGAGGAUUUCAAGGGAGUGGUGGUUUUUUUGGCCAGCGGCGCCAGCAGCUAUGUCUCGGGCGAAGUUAUCACCGUGGAUGGAGGCUGGAUGGGCCGGUAA